AUGGCAAAAGAAAAAAAAACACGUAGUGCGAUCGAAGACGUCGUGACAAGAGAUUACACGAUUCACCUGCACAAAGCAGUUCACGGAAGGAGUUUCAAGAGGCGCGCUCCCCACGCCGUGAAAUCAAUUAAGGAUUUUGCCUUCAGACAUAUGGGCACAAAGGACGUUCGCCUUGAUCCUCAAUUGAAUAAGGAGAUUUGGAAGCAGGGUAUUAAGAAUGUACCCCAUCGCAUGCGUCUUCGUCUUUCGCGCCGUCGUAAUGAUGAAGAAUAUGCAAAGGAAAAGCUGUACACCUAUGUUAGCUAUGUCCAUGUGCCAACAUUCAAAAAUCUCCAAACUCAAGUAGUAGAGCAAUGA